AUUAUAAAGGUUCUUUUAUUUCAUAUGAAAUUGGAUGGCCUGUAUCAGUUCAUGAUGCAAAAGUAUUUUCAAAUUCAGAUAUUUUUAAAAAUUAUAAAAAUUAUUUUAAAGAAAAAGAUUAUUUAAUAGCUGAUUCAGCUUAUCCAUUACUUCCAUGGGUUAUGACACCUUUUAAAGAUCCACAAAGUUUACAAGCUUAG